UUCAUUCAUGCCGUUCGCAUUUUGCCGCAUGCCUGUUGUUCUUCAAAUUUCUGUAGCUUUUCAUUAAAAAUUUUGAAUAAUCAUGUCAUUUAUUCGCAUGCGCUUUAACAUCAAACUCUGCUUUGUUUUCCUACUUUUAAUAAUAAUGAUAAACGUAUUACUGCUGUUCGCAAUUUUUAGUCAAGAAAGGAAAGUGAUGAUGCCAGCUUCUCCUGCAGACAUGCAGUUGAAAGAUUCAAAACAUGAGAAAGGCAUUGCAAAUGAUUUUUUUGCCACGAGAAUUAUAGAAGUAUCAAAGGCCAUCAGCAAAUUUUAUAAAGUUCCACUUCUUAAUCCGUUAAUGAAAAAACACUUGGAUACAUUGAUUAAUGACCUUCAAGUUCACAUCAACGCAUCAGAAAAACUCCUAGCGAGAUCAGUUGCGUGGGUUACUUGGCAAGAGCUUAUACCUCGUCAAGGGGAGCCAUUACUAGGAAGUGUACUUCACGCCCUCAAAACAUUACCAAUCUCAUCUGUCGACAAUGCUUCUAAAGGAACACAGCUGAAACUUAUGGUUUCAUUUCAAUCUAAUCUGAAAGCCAUCUUUAAACCUAAGUGGUACCCACUUAAUACGAUUAUUGAGGGCCCAGUAUAUGCAGGCAAGGACCGAUAUUUUGGGGAAGUGGCAGCAUUUCAUCUAUCCCUUCUUCUUGGAUUACCUCGUGCACCAAUUUCUGUGAGACGACAAUUCAAUGUUCAAUUGGAAUUGGCUCCUAUUGCAUCGCCUGAAUUGUUGAAAACUUUUAGCAACAACAAUGAUAAUGAGACAUGCAUGUAUGGAGUGUGCUACUAUUGUCAUCCAAAUGAUCCUGUCUGUACUGAGAAUGGAAUGCUCGAUGGAGCCCUGAUAUUGUGGCUCCCUGAGUAUAUGGAAAUAAAAAAAUACAAACAUCCUUGGAGACGAACAUAUCGCAAGAAUGUACUGGCCAAGUGGGAAACUGACAGCGAGUUUUGUGCUAAAGUUAAUGUGUCUCAGUUUUAUCGGAAUCGUCCCUCAGUCCUUCUAGACCUCAUCGAUACAUCAAUUUUCGACUUUCUAAUCGACAAUGGAGAUCGGCAUCAUUUUGAAAUGUUUGCUAAUACAGAGUCUCCAGUUCUUUUGAUUGACAAUGGCAAAAGUUUUGGUAAUCCUCACUCGGAUCAUUUAGAUAUUCUGGCUCCAUUGUAUCAAUGCUGCAGAAUCCGAUACUCAACAUAUGAGCGUUUAUUAGUUCUGAAAGGUGGAACACUAUCCAGAUACCUUUCAGAAAUGUUGAAAAUGGUUUAUGACUCAACAAUUUUGACUGACUUGCAUUUAGAAGCUCUGGAAAGGAGACUCCUGCUCGUUUUUUCAGCGAUUGUGUUUUGUAUCAAGGAAAAAGGUGAAGAGUUUGUUCUUGUGCGGUAAUGUAAAAAAUUCCCAAUCUUAAGAUGGUACUCCCACUCAAACUUUAGUCUUGCAAAAACUCUAGUCACUUGUAACGUGCCUUUUUUUCUUACAACCGCAAUUUAGUGUCACAAUUAUUAGCGUAUUUACUUGUGAACUUGUCACUAAUGGAAUUUUGAAAAACAGAACUGUCAAAUUUUGUCCAACUCUAAAAUAUUUUCUGAAAAUUUCCUCAAGCAAAGGAAGCUAUAAUGAGCCCUGUAGGGCUGUAGAGUAAUCAAUUGUCCUAUCAAUUGAAUCAUGUCUAUUCUCUUUUUUACUUUCUUUAGUAUCUCUCGAGUCCACGCCAAAUAAGUUUACGCACCUCCAGUUUGCAACAGAAGAUCGUCUGACAUUACUUUUACAUGUUAAUUAAAUGGAAGAAUCAUGAUGGUGGAUCUUCUGUCACAUUCUGAAAGUACGAAAAAUUAUUCAGAUUCUAUUUAUUUUUCAAGUUUUGCACCCGUGCUCUAGCAAAGGUCAAGAGCAUCAUAAUGAACUUACUUUCUCUGAAAAUACUUUAAUCUGAACAAAAAUUCCAACUAAAAAGGAAACAUUUGAAGUUCACAUUACCAUUGCUUAUCAAAUUUGUCUAAGAGCUGUGAUAAUUAUUAUGCUAGUAGUUAAUUUGCAAAGAAUCGUUUUUGAUUAAGUUUAUUUAGUACAUUAACCUGUAUGAGAAUGAAUGAUGAAUGAGUUGUAAGUAAUCAGUUGUUGGUCUCCACAAUAUUUCUAGGAAAAGCAUUAGAAAGUAUUGGUCAAAAGGCUCAAUUGACGGAGAGGGAUCCUUCACCAUUUAAAAAAAACAUUAUCCUGGCUGAUCGUAAAGAUUAACGAAACAAAA